GCGCGUUCGCGGCCAGGGGAGGCGUGUGCUGCUUCUGCAGCUAGCGAGAGGGAGAGAAGGAUGGAUAUGGGAGGAGGAAUUCAGGCUUAACAAGUGAUCGCUGCUGUCUAGGAUUUUGUUUCUUUUUUGGGGGAACCUUGACUUCCUUACUGAGUCGAGCCCUCUCGUGCUGAACUCUAGAGGAACCAGGACUCUUGGGGUCUUCCCCAAGGCAACCCGAUCCCCGGUCCCCAGGCUCCAGCAGCAAGGACUCUGUGGCCAGGCAGCAGAACUUGUUCCGUGGAUGUUUUGGAGCCUCUACCUGCCAAACCCGGAGUGCACUCUUCUACCCCAAGAUCACUCUUCCCCUCCUCCAGCUGUUUCAGCUUGAGGAGGAAAAACAAACCAACCCGGGGAUUGUCUUUAUUUUUGUAUCUCGCCCUGCCUGGGAACGGUGAAGCGCUUCUUCUGCAUGAUUUUAGCCGAAGGAUGCUGUGCAAUUUUUUGAUUUCUAUGGAGACCUCAGAGCUGGUUUUGGCCCCGCUGACACCUCAUCUUCCAAAUUCUCUACCUCCCAGAGUCUUUGCCUCUCCCUGUAGCUUGGCAUUGCCCCUGGGUUCUGGAAGCUUUUGAUGAACUUAAGGGGGAGAACCUGGAGAAUCAUCCUGAUAGGCUUUACACAGAAAUGGCUGGACAUAUUUCAAGUCACAUCUUAACAUGGGUCAAGCAGUCCCUAGAAGGCAAGCGCUAAGACUGAAGGCUUCUUUGCAUUUUAUUUCAAUCUGAUGGACUGAGCUUUGGACAAUUUCCAGGGCAGAAAAAUAGAUUUCAUUUUCUAGGCACAAGUGCUGGCUGUCAGAUACUUUCUGCUUAUGAAUUGUGCAACAUCAUCACCAACCACAUUCUAGACAAAUUUCCAGAUUUGAGCAUCUACCCCAGAACAUAGGUGUUUGGGAGACGCCUACCUUUUCUGACUUGGGCCUAAAAGUGCUAGGCUGUUUAUUUAAACCAGCCAAGCUCUGGAGAGCAAUGUUGAAUCCCUGGGAAGUGAGAGCAUGGGGUGUGCUGAUUUAAAAACAGAAAAUGCAAAGUUGGACUGAAAAUAUCCUUAGUCUUCCAAGCAAUCUGCUUAAGGGUUCCAAACUUACCUUCGUUUGGUGAGAAAAGAAGCUGCCCUAUUUUCCUUUUUUCUUCUACAACUGGAACCAGCCAUUUCCCAAAACCACCACCAUGGAGGUUGCAAUGGUGAGUGCAGAGAGCUCAGGGUGCAACAGUCAUAUGCCUUAUGGUUACGCAGCCCAGGCCCGAGCCCGGGAGCGAGAGAGGCUUGCUCACUCAAGAGCAGCUGCAGCAGCCGCUGUUGCAGCAGCCACGGCUGCUGUUGAAGGCAGUGGGGGUUCUGGAGGGGGCCCACACCACCACCACCAGUCACGUGGGGCCUGUACCUCUCAUGACCCUCCAAGUAGCCGGGGCAGUCGGAAGAGGAGGCGACAACGGCCUGAGAAGAAGAAAGUCCAUCACCGUCAGAGCAGCUUUCCUCAUUGCACCGACCUGAUGCCCAGUGGCUCUGAGGAGAAGAUCCUGAGGGAGCUGAGUGAGGAAGAGGAAGAUGAAGAGGAGGAGGAGGAGGAAGAAGAAGAAGGAAGGUUUUACUAUAGUGAAGAUGACCACGGUGAUGAAUGUUCCUACACAGACUUGCUCCCUCAUGAUGAUGGGGGAGGAGGUGGCUAUAGUUCAGUCCGCUAUAGUGACUGUUGUGAACGUGUGGUGAUAAAUGUAUCAGGCUUACGCUUUGAGACCCAGAUGAAAACCCUAGCCCAGUUUCCAGAGACUUUGUUGGGAGACCCUGAGAAGAGGACUCAGUACUUUGACCCUUUGCGCAACGAGUAUUUUUUUGACAGGAACAGACCCAGCUUUGAUGCCAUCUUGUAUUACUACCAAUCGGGAGGCCGCCUGAAGAGACCGGUCAACGUCCCUUUUGAUAUCUUCACUGAGGAGGUGAAGUUCUACCAAUUGGGAGAGGAGGCUCUGCUCAAGUUUCGUGAGGAUGAGGGCUUCGUGAGAGAGGAGGAGGACAGGGCGCUGCCAGAGAAUGAAUUUAAAAAGCAGAUUUGGCUUCUCUUUGAAUAUCCAGAGAGCUCCAGUCCAGCAAGGGGCAUAGCCAUUGUAUCUGUCCUGGUCAUCUUAAUCUCCAUUGUCAUCUUUUGCCUCGAAACCUUGCCUGAGUUUAGGGACGACAGGGAUCUCAUCAUGGCACUGAGUGCUGGUGGGCAUGGUGGGUUGUUGAAUGACACCUCGACGCCUCACCCAGAGAACUCAGGGCAUACAAUAUUCAAUGACCCUUUCUUCAUUGUGGAGACAGUCUGUAUUGUUUGGUUUUCCUUUGAGUUUGUGGUCCGCUGCUUUGCUUGUCCCAGCCAAGCACUUUUCUUCAAAAACAUCAUGAACAUCAUUGACAUCGUCUCCAUUUUGCCUUACUUCAUCACAUUGGGCACUGAUCUGGCCCAGCAACAGGGAGGUGGCAAUGGGCAGCAGCAGCAGGCCAUGUCCUUUGCCAUCCUCAGAAUCAUCCGUCUGGUCCGAGUAUUCCGGAUCUUCAAACUCUCCAGGCACUCCAAAGGCUUGCAGAUCCUGGGCCACACCCUCAGAGCCAGCAUGAGGGAACUGGGCCUUCUGAUCUUCUUCCUUUUCAUUGGGGUCAUCCUAUUUUCCAGUGCUGUGUAUUUUGCAGAAGCAGAUGAACCUACUACCCAUUUCCAAAGCAUCCCAGAUGCAUUUUGGUGGGCUGUGGUCACCAUGACAACUGUGGGCUAUGGGGACAUGAAGCCCAUUACUGUGGGGGGCAAGAUAGUGGGGUCGCUGUGUGCCAUUGCGGGUGUCUUAACCAUUGCUUUGCCAGUGCCAGUGAUUGUCUCUAACUUUAACUAUUUCUACCACAGAGAGACUGAAAAUGAGGAACAGACACAGCUGACACAGAAUGCAGUCAGUUGCCCAUACCUCCCUUCCAAUUUGCUGAAGAAAUUUCGGAGCUCUACUUCUUCUUCCCUAGGGGACAAGUCAGAAUAUCUAGAGAUGGAAGAAGGAGUUAAAGAGUCUCUAUGUGCAAAGGAGGAGAAAUGUCAGGGAAAGGGGGAUGACAGUGAGACAGAUAAAAACAACUGUUCUAAUGUGAAGGCAGUGGAGACUGAUGUGUGAAUCUCUUUCUCCACUUGACACUCCUCUCCUCCCCCCAGCAUCUCCAAAUAUAUUUAUGCAUAGAGAGUGCAGUUAUGAAAAUGAAAUAUGCAAAUGAGUCCAAUGCAUACAGUAGUACGCCAUUUAAUGGUUAUACAUGACAUAAUUGUUGCUAAACUUGUAUUACAUAUCAAAUAAAUGAUACAUUUUGGAGAAGAGGGAGGCUUAAAUAGGAGCAAAUCUAUCUUUAUAUUUUUUAUUAGAAUGCAAAAAUUUUGCACAUGAACUGGAAAAGAUGUUAACAGUAAAGAUGGUUCCACGGAGAGACUGUAUGUGUGUGUGUGCGUGUGUGUCUGCAGGUAUGUGUGUAAGUAAAUUGUCAACAUUGUUAGUAACUGUGCAGUGAUGGGAAAAGUUGGCAUUUUGAAGUAUUUACUAUGUAAGAAUUAAUGAAUUUGAGCAGUCAUUUAUCAGUGCUUUAAUAGCAUCUCAUAUGUCUUUGGAAUCCAUAGUUGCUGUUUUUUAAAAAUUGUAAGAAUUACUGUGUAGAAAAAAAAAGAAAGUAAAUUAUUUAAUAGAAUAUAGGUCACGAUUUUAUCUUGGAUUUAAUUAAAGUUUAUUUUUAACUGGAAAUUAACUUUUAAAAAGGCCGCAGGGGCCUUUUGAAAUCGAUUAUAUUUUGUUAUUAAUUUUGGGAAGAUACGAUAGCAAAUGCCUAACAUUAUUGAAGAAAUGAAAUCAAAGGAGAUGUAACAAGUUUUGUUUGCAGAUAACAGGACUGGAAUUUUUUUUUUUUUCCUUUGCACUAUUUUAUAUCCUGGAGAUUGAGAGAGACUUCAUACUGUGAGUGUUUACUAAUGUAACAGUUCAAUGACAAUCAUUGAAAGAAUGAUUUCUUAGUCUUGUUUUAUUGUUCUUUUCUUUGUGUGAGACUAACGGCUGUGCAGAUAACGGCACAUGAUUCCCUCUUCUUUUCAAAUCUACAUAACUGAUCUGCAAAGCGACUGCAAAGUAAAAUUUAAGAACUGA